UGAUUAAAUUGUUUAGAGUUGUUUGAUACAUACAAAAAAUAGCAAAUGGUUGAAUACUCCUUUUUUUAAUUGUGGAACUUUAUCUAGUGCCCAAUAGUGCAGUUUUACAAAAUGUAAAAUGCAUUUUUCCCCAAAUUCGUUUUUGCAGUGCAUUUAGCACAAAGCAGAGAAGAGGAGACUAACCUUUCCACUUCCCUAACCCUGGUGAAACCUGAGGCUCGCUCAGUGCUACCGUAAAUGAGAAUAUCCUCCAGGUUAAAAUCAUAAAAUCAUAGAAAAUUAGGGUCAGAAGGGACCUCAGGAGGUCUAGUCCAACCCCCUGCUCAAAGCAGGACCAUCUCCAACUAGAUCACUCCAGCCAGGGUUUUGUUGAGCUGGUCCUUAAAAAUAUCCAAGAAUGGAGAUUCCGCCAUCUCUCUAGGUAAUUUGUUCCAGUGCUUCACCACCUUCCUAGUGAGACAGUUUUUCCUAAUAUCCAACCUAAACUUCCCUUGCUGCAGCUUAAGACCAUUGCUACUUUUUCUGUUAUCUGCCACCACUGAGAGCAGUCUAACUCCAUCCUCUUUGAAACCACCGAUCAGAUAGUUGAAAGUUGCUAUUAAAUCCCCCCUCAGUCUAUUUUUCUACAGACUAAAUUCCCUCAGCCUCUCCUCAGAAGUCGUGCCCCAGCCUCUGAACCAUUUUUGUUGUCCUUUGCUGGACUUUCUCCAAGUUGUCCACAUCCUUUCUGUAGUGGGGCGCCCAAAACUGGACACAGUACUCCAGAUGUGGCCUCGCCCGAGCAGAAUAUUGCAGAAUAAUUGCUUCCAUCGAUCUGCUGGCAAUGUUCCUACUAAUGCAAUCCAGUAUGCUGUUAGCCUUCUUGGCAACAAAGGCACACUGCUGACUCAUAUCAAGCUUAUUGUCCACUGUAACCCCAAGGUCCUUUUCUACAGAGCUGCUGCUUAACCAGUUGGUCCCAAGCCUUUAGCAGUGCGUGGGAUUCUUUUGUCCUAAAUCCAGGACUUUGCAGAUUUCUUUUGGCUCAAUUCUCCAAUUUUUCUAGGUCACUCUGAAUCCUAUCCCUACCCUCCAGGUUGUUCUAAUCUGUCCCAGUGCCCUAGUUCUCUAGACCACUCAGCCCUCUACUUAUUUAAUAGUAAAUUCUAACCAAAUACUUUACUGCUUCUCUUUUAGGUGGAUUGUGAUGCAAUUUUUAAUGAUAAGUUCAUGUGUUUGUUUUUUCCACAAAGCCAUGCCUCCUCCAGUCCACAGAUUGGACAAUAUUCACUUCUUGAGCAACUAUUCUAUAUUUUGUUGUUUCUUUGUUGUUCAGCAUGGCUCCAUGACUUAUUUACUAUUUGUUGUCUAAGUGCUCUGAAGAUAGCAUUAUUAAUUUUUCAUAGGCUUCUGCAAAGACUCUCAUUCUUAUACUCUUUAGUUAUGUCAUAAAUUUAUUUUCACAAAGCUUUUUUGAGGUGACUUGAUUAACAUCACAGAGAAACUCUAUGGCAAACAGAGGGAUAGAAUUGCAAUUCUCCAGGCAGAAGUCAACUUUCUUAAAAACUUCGUGUACUCCUUCCUUAAUUCAUUAUUCAUCUUUCAGAAUUUGCAAAAAUUGUAUCAGGGUCCUACAGUCUUCAUUAUAUAAAUUCAUAGAUGUUAGGGGCUGGAAGGAACCUCUCGAGAUCAUCAGGUCUGCCUCCCCUGCACUUGGAUAGGAAGGACUGCUGGGGUCAGAUGACCCCAGUAAGAACAACAGACUCUCCCUCAGUUUCAUCUAGAAACGAUUAUUUGCAUCAGAAACAGACCUCGGCAUGGGUUAGCAGUGAUAAAGCAAAACAGGAAAACAGUACAACAAAUCCAGAUAGUAACCAACUUUUCUUCCAGCAAAAUCUGGAAGAAAUGCAACAAUUCCUUGAAGAGCAGCAUCUGAGCAACUUGGAGAAUUUUCAUCAAGAAGUCAACCAAAUAACCAAUUCUGAAAGCCUAUCAAGCCUGGAUAGUCUUGAGGCUGGAGAACAAAAUGAAAGUAAUAUGACACCAAGUGAAUUGUCAUCUUUGACUAAACAGUAUGACUCUACACCCUACAAUUCCCAGAAAUCAGAACCUACAAAUAAAUCUUUUCCUGAGACAGCUGAACUGACUCUUUCUAAAAACCAACAUGUAAAUAAUUGGCUCAGAAAGUUAGAUAUGCAGAGUGGCCACAUAUACACAUCUUUUCAUGAUGAUUUACCUAAACAUAAUGUCCUGAUUCCCACUGAACAUGGACAUAAUCCAAAGCAGAAAUCAUCUGUUCCUAUCAAAUCUGAACAAAGAAUGACAGAAAUAUGUGUUUCUGAUAAGCAGGUAACCUCUGUAAAAAAUCUGUGUACUUUUAGGGAAAACAAAGAGAAAGAAAAAAACAGUUCAUCUUUUGGAAUGGUUAGCAGAGAGAGCUUGGUGACCACUGACAACCAUGUAUUCAAACCAAGCAAAGCAUGGACUACUUCUGAUUCUUCUCAAAAAGAAAGAAUUCAGGAUUUAGUACAAGGGCAGAGUUCUGAAAUAAUCCAACCUAAAACAACUACACUAGUACAAAUGGCCAGUCAUCCUAUGGCAACACCUGUAAUUUUACCUCCGAAACAAUGGAACUCCAUUGGUAGUCACAACAGUAGUUUCUCAGCUGAUAUCAUACAAAAGGAAAAAAAUACAAACACAUGUCCACGUACUGAUAAUCUGGACAACUUGAUAGAAGAGAAAGAAGAAACUACUAAAUAUUUUAAUGAUAAUAAUCAAGGAUCAUCUUUAUUUCAAGAUGCAUCUAAUACAUCAAUUUUAUGCAACAUUGAUCAAGAAGACGACAAUGAAGAACAUGGAAAUACAGCCAAACCCAUGCCACAUUUGUCUGAUGCAGGGUUUAAUUCUGACUUGCCUAAUCAACACAAAAAUCUGAGAAAGAAUGUUCGGGAGGGAUAUGGAGUAAAACUGCUCAAAAGUAUUUUAAAAAAGGAAUCUAAAUAUGAAAAUAAUUUUUUUAAAUCGGUAGUUAUGAAACCAAAGUUCAGCUUUGGGAAUCAAACCAUAUCUUGUAUCAGAGACAGUUUGGAAUUAGUAAAAAUAAAAGAGAAAAAUGCAGAGGAUCAAAAGACCAAUAAGAAACUGCGAUGGUUUGAUGAAAAUGACAAAAUAGUAAUAGAAGGUGAUGAAAAAUGUUCUGAAAGGAAUCCCAGUAAAGUAUCUCAGGCUCAGCUGCAACCAUCUCAUGUUCAAACUAAAAUCAAUGCUCUUAACACUGAUUUAAGUAUUGCUUCUUGCACUGCAAGUCCUGUUUGCUCAGAAAAUCACCAGGAUUCUACUCUGAUAUACACAAAAUCUGCUACUGCUGGAGGCUCAGAGAGAGACUGUACACUUCUGAAUUCUUUAGGAUAUACAAGGUACCAUUUUGCUAAACAGGCAUGGAUGGCAUCGCCAGGUGAAAAAAGUAACCCUCUAUAUAGUAAUGACUCUAAAAUCCAAAGGGGUAACCUGCAUAAAGGCAAGACAAAAAUCAUCAGAAGACCAAUAUCUGCCAGAGCCCAAACAAGUUUUAUACCCAAAAAUAGGAAGGGCACUAUAGUCCGAGCACAGUCUGCUAGUGAAGCUAGCAAAGUUAUAAGAGCUCAGGGUAAAAUCAUGAUACCUCAUCCACCACCUAAACUUUUACUAGACUGCACAACUGGACAAAAUGUAGCAGAGACUAGGAGUGGGUAUCAAUCAGUAAAUUCUUCUAAACCUCAAACCAUCAGUAAAAAUAAUGAUUUAAAUGCAAAACAUAUUUUGCCAGCAGAUCAGAAUUACAAUAAAAGUAUCACAGAAAAUAAUAAGAGUACUGCAUGUGGUCAUAUGACAAUAUCCACACUUUCCACCAGUGUAGCUACAUAUGAACCUUUGGCAAAAACUAUUUAUACUGUAGAUAGUAUUCAGACAAGUGCCCAGCAAGACUGCUUUAUACCUUGCACCAAAAAAAGACCUGUUUAUGCAGAAAAUGGACCACGGCUGGAUCGAACACCAACUGACGAAGAAAUAAAUCAUCUCUGUGAAGGAGUGCAUAGUGCCCUAGCUCAAAAAGAAUUUGCAGCUGGUGAUUUCCGGCAUUAUGGCACACAUUACAAUAAUUCCUUUUCUUCUAACUUACAACCUACUAACUCUGGUAUAUCUCUUUUUACGAUUGAUGGUGGCAGUCUCAUGACCAAUUUAAAGUCAGUUUCUAGAAUGAAUGGAUUUCUUUCUUCAAUAAAUGGUGCUGUUCCUACAACUAGACGCAAACAAAACUUUGAUAAUGCUGAAAUUAAACGUAGAGCUCUUUUAGAACAAAGACGGCAAGCUAUAGCAACUACAAUAUGGAGAUCCACUCAUCCUACACAGAAUUCAGUACAUACAGUCCAGCUAAGUCCUUUUCAAUAUCCAUUUGAGCCAGUGCAAGCAGUGAGUGGCAUCCCUAAUUCUGAUGAAGAAAGUACUGCUCAGUUUCUGCUAUCAGAAAAACUAGCAAGUAUAUCAGUUACAGAGGGUGAAAUGCUGUCUGCUGUGGAAACAACACAACCACGCAGACAGCCAUUGUUGCUCAACAAGCCCCAAAGACUCAGCAUGACAGCAUUGUCAAUGGAAGAACACAAAAUUCUUCAGUCACUUGAUCACCUCAAUCAGAGGUUGCAGAAUAUCCAGGAAUCCAUUACCAAAAACCCAUCCACUUCAAGGGGUUUUCAGAUAAUUUCCCCUUUGCAUGGUGCAUCCUCCCCUUCUGUGGAUUCUACAUUAUCUACACAGAGGCAUCAGAGUAUGUCAGCUGACCCUCGAUUAUGAUUGCAAAGAAGAUACUGACAUGGUCUAACAAAAACUGCUUCACUGGAUUUAAAUUUAAUGUGGCCUUACAUGUACACAUUCUUCAUGCUACAAAAUCAAGAAAACAUACGUUUAAACAUUGACUCAAUUAAUGUAAGCUAAGUAGUUUACAUUUCAAACCUUAACUAUGCACUUUAUUGUAAAAUAUUGUAUUUUAAAAGAAUGCAUAUACCUCACCUUUUAAUUAAUCUGUUAAUUAAUUGUAUCUUUAAUUAAAAUGAAAUGCAAAGGACAUUAUUUUGUUACUCAGAUUAAGAUUAUGUAUAAACUAAUCUUCCAAUUUCCUGGUUUUCCAGAUUUUCUAAUAAAUUAUAUUAUAUUUAUAUAA